AUGACCGACGGCCACAGUGCCCCUCCAGCCGAUGCACCGGCACCUGCAGCGGCAGCAGACAGUGCAGCAGCGCCUGUUCCUGCUGAUGUACGCUCGCACGCUGUUCAUCAUGACACGGCACCAAUCCACGAGAAGGAGCAGGCCUCCUCCGUUGGACGCAUAACCCCUCGACCGACAUUCUUGGAGCAUUUAGCUACAUCGCGAGACUCACAGUUCCAGCUUGAUCGACAGGAUUCGAGCGAGCUUGACCGAUACUUUCAUGGACCGCGUAACAUGGACAAACACUCAAAGUGGCCGAUCAUGAUGCGAAUGCACGGUAGUGUCAUGCCAAAAAUGAUCAUGCCAAUCUUGACCGUCGCUAUUUGGUCGACUGCCGUUACUGUUUUCUCUAAGAAGGUUCAUGACCUCGGAAUCAACAAUAUCCUACUUACCGUGCUGGGUUUCGUGGUGGGUUUGGCUUUGUCUUUCCGCAGCUCGACAGCAUAUGAGAGAUGGGCCGAUGGACGUAAAUACUGGGCCCAGCUCAUUCAGACAUCACGCAACCUGUCACGCACAAUUUGGAUCAACACAAACGAGAGAGAAGGCGAAGCAGGAAAGGAGGAUGUCCUAAGGAAGCUCUCCGCGUUGAACCUCGUCUUAGCCUUCGCCGUCUCCCUUAAACACAAGCUCCGCUUCGAACCCGACAUUGCAUAUGAUGACUUGGCUGGCUUGGCUGGUCACCUCGACACUUUUGCCCGUGACGCACAUGACCGAAGGGUCGUCAAUCCUCCUCCUAAGUCUAUCUGGAAGUCUACAGGAGAGUACCUGGGCAUAUCCUUCGCCGAGUCAAACCCCCGGAAGUACAUCAAGCGGUCCAAGAAGCCUCUUGGUCAUCUACCCCUGGAGAUCCUCAACCAUCUGUCCGCGUAUAUUGAUUCUUGUGUCGCCAAUGGUACUCUUGUUUCAACUUUGCACCAGGGACAAGCCAUCACAAUGCUAUCCACCUUGAACGAGGUCUUGACCGGUACAGAACGUGUCCUAGACACCCCUCUGCCCACUGCAUACAGCAUUGCCAUUGCCCAGAUUUCCUGGAUCUACAUUCUAGUGCUUCCAUUCCAGCUCUACAGCGCCCUGUCAUGGAUCACCAUCCCAGCAUCAAUCGUGGCUGCCUACAUCAUCCUUGGCUUGGCUACCAUCGGCAGCGAAAUUGAAAACCCCUUCGGCAUGGAUGUGAACGAUCUUCCAUUGGACACUUACUGCCGACAGAUUGCUUUGGAAAUGGAUAUCAUGACUGCCAACCCCCGACCGAAUGUUGACGACUUCAUGUCGCGAGCUGACAACCUCGUUCUGUUCCCCCUUAGUCAGUUGGGAUAUCCUGACUGGCAAGAGCGGAGCGUCGCGGAUAUCCGUGGCGCACUGAGGACCAAGGUCGUUGUGAGCCCGUCAAGUGCUGAGUCGGAUACAUCUACAAUUAGGGAGAAGGUUUGCCCUAAGACUGCCGGGUCUGUCUGA